UGCGCAACAAACACACACAUCAAGAAAACUCUGGAGAUGCGCAGAAGGACAUAAGCCCAUAGCUCAGCGUGUGUGCAGGACAGACUGAAAAGCAGCGACUUUCUCUCUGUUUUCUUGAUUUCCGUCCAGCGGUCACCGACAGGCUGAAACUGCGCAGGAGAGAGUUUCGCUUCCGCGGACUUCCCCUCCUCUCUCCUCCUCUCCUCUCGUCACUGACUGACAACCAGGAAACACAGAGUUUCUCUAAUGAAACACUGUCACACACUCUGCCCUGCUGGACUACUUUAUAAAGCGACAGGAGACAUUUGGGAGAACAUGUCCGCCGCCAUGUGUGUGUUUGUCCUGACGGUCUCAGCCCUGUGCGGAUUCAGAGAGGUUUCAGGAGUCAUCAGCACACCCACAAAUGUCCGCCUGACCUCGUAUAACCUGAACCUGGUGCUGAGGUGGGAUCCACCUGAACAGCCCGCCGACCACCUCGUCUACACAACUGAGUACAAAUCCACAUUCACAGGCUACAGAGUGGGCUGUGUGAACAUCUCCACGCUUGAAUGUGACUUCACCCAACUCAACGUCUCCAUAUUUGAGUACGGAAAGUAUACAGGCAGAGUGCGGGUGCAGUGGGGGACAGAGAGCUCCGCCUGGGUGGAAAGUAACCAAAUUUUUCUGGACAAAGAUACCAUCAUUGGUCCACCCAGUGUCUCUCUCCAGUCCAUUCAAGCCGCUAUCGAAGUCAACAUCAUAGAUCCAGUGUUCCACAUCUCUGCACUCAGGAGUGUUUACCACUUGGCCACCUACAACGUCACCUUCUGGAAGGACGGCCAGAAGGAAAAGGCCAGACGCAUUCCAUACAUGCAGCAAAACCGGGUGGUUCUCAGUGACUUGGACCCCUGGACCAAGUACUGUGUCCAAGUCCAAGUCAACACAGAGAGAGACCACAACCCCAGCAAGCCCAGCAGAGUUGUUUGUGAGAGCACCACCAAGGGUCAAGAGGCUCCGUGGUUGCCAGCUGUCGGGAUGUUUAUCGCCAUGGCAGCAGUGGUGGCUCUGGUGGUGGUUGCAGUAGUGAAUCGGAAAAAAUGUCUUCUUCCAAAAUAUGCGCUGCCGCAGCACUUUGAAGAGUACCUUCUGGAACCCCCCAACUCAUCCAUGUACGUAGCCAUGCAGAACUCCCAUCCACCUGAGGAGAUCUACGACAAGAUCAGCAUCAUUGCAGAUGGCAGGACUGUGGUUGAAGGGCGUCCCCUGGAGGCAGCAGGGAGCAGCAGCAGCCAGCAGCCUGACACUACAGCAGGGGACAGAUAAAAGAAGGAGAGAUGGACUGAAAAGCACAAAGCCAUGAAGACAAGGCGAUCUGCAGGCUGCAGUCAGUUGGGAAUGUUAGAGAUGAUAAGCAGGGAUGCCUUCAAAGACACUGACAGACAGUGAAAGAUUCAUUCUUGCUUGACUUCAGAGUUUUAAUGCAACAAAUUCUGCAGCAGUCCUACAUUACUCCACGGUGCAGACAUUACUGUGAAGUGACUGUAUGUCAGAGCCACAGAGACGUGCAGGUACCUCAUCCAAGUGACGUUUGUGUGUGGUACAGUGUUAAUAUUAUUCCCACCAACAGCACAAACUGCAUUUAACAGAAGGGUCAUGGCACUGCCAAACAGAGCUGCUUAAAGCUAAUAUACGGUUAUAUGGUGGAACUUAGUUCCACCAUAUAACCGUAUAUUAGUCUGUAUCAUCAGAGUAGAAAAACAGCAAGCUGCCAUUCAUUUGGCAUGACAUUUUGUGAGGCAGACAUAGGUUUAACCCUUUGAAAUCUGGAUCACCGUCACUUUUCACUUUCCAUGAAAAAGUAUUGAAAAUCUUUAAACCCUGAGAUUUUUUUUUUUUUUUAAACAUGAAGAAGGUAAUGGGCAACUUGGCAAGAAAUGUCCUACAAAUUGCAAGAAAUUAGUAUAUUUACAUUUUUUUAACUAGGGAAAUAAUUGCACAGGACUAUAUUUGUAAUGAUCAUGAUUAAAUAUGUAAAAUAAUUUUACAUAAUUAUUAUAAUACUGUUAUUGUUUUUUUAUGUUG